AUGUCGACGUACAUCUACAAAGAACGAGACCGUGAGCGGGAGUGGGACGAGCCCCGUUCUUCCACCGUCUCUAUCAAGCGUUACGUCAUACCCUCCGAGGACGAGCGUGAGCGCGACUUUUUCUAUCGCCGCGAAGACCCUGGUGAUAGAGAAGUUGUGAUCCGGCGCUCAGUCGAUCGUGAUGAACCUCUAACGGUGCAGCGCUACGAGCGUGAGGUUGAUUACGACUCUCGCCCAUAUGACUAUCGCUCCGAAAGAGACUAUUACGAACGUGAGUACUAUGCGCCCGAGCGCAUCCGCAGAUAUCCCGCCCCCAUUGUCAUUCGUGAAGCUCAGCCGGUAAUCUUUCUUGAAGCCCGAGGCCCGGUCUACGUCAACCCGAGGGAGUCCGACUACGAAAUCGUCCGCCGCUCUGAAGUAGACAGAGAGCCCGGCGGUUAUUACUACCAUCGCCGUGUUCGAGAAUACGAUGAUGACCGCCGCUCUCGACGGGAACUGAGCCCUAGUGACUCCAUCUCUCAGGCUGCCCGCCAUCGAGAUGACCAAGACGCGUAUAGCAGUGAUGACAGCAUGGUUUACAUCCGUAAAGAGGUCCGGGAAUACGAUGAUAGCCCUCAUCAUCGGCGACAUCUGGCCGAGGGUGCGCUAGCGGGUGUCGGUGCCGCAGAGCUGCUUCGUAAUCAUCGCAAGAAAGAAGGGGAAGAAGUGGCGGAUGGUGUUGGCCGCCUGGGCAGAGAUGUCGGUGCGGGUGCUCUAGGGGCUGUUGCGGCAGAGGCAGUUUCGCGCGUCAGAGACCACUACCGCAGCAAAAGCCGACAUCGUUCCCAUUCGAUUGACGAUGGCAGAAGCUCUCACUCGCGCCGUCAUCAUCAUCACCACCACCAUCGCCAUAGCCAUAGCCGCCGCAGCCGCAGCCGUAGCCGCUCACAUUCCCACUCACGUGCCAGACAUCUUGCGGAACUUGGCCUAGGUGCUGCUGCCAUUGCCGGAGCCGUGGCGUUGGCGCGGAGUAAGUCGAAUUCGAACAAAGACCGACGAAGUCGCUCACGCCACCGCCGCGCCUCGAGCUCGCGCAGAUCGCUAAGGGAUACCCAUGAAGAGAAACGCAGCCAGUCGCAACGCAGGAAGCAUAUGGCAGAGGCUGGUCUGGCUGGAGCGGCCGUAGCGGGACUGGUGGAGAAGGCACGCAGCCGUUCCCGCUCUCGCAGACGCGAGUCUCGAUCACACAGUGCUAUCCGGAAGGCUCUCCCUGUGGUAGCGGCUGGACUUGGAACGGCCGCAGCAACGGGUCUCUACGAGAAGAACAAGGAAAAGAAAGAAGAGGAGGAGUCACGACGUCGAGAACGUCGACGCUCGAGGUCGCGGAGCCGUGCCCCGUCGGAGGUGUACCCUGACCCAACGAGAGACUCGCCUGGUUUGAUUGAAUACGGGGAUCAUCCAGUUCAUGGCAGCAUUCCUCAUAACUACUAUGGCCGCCCAGUGAGCCCGCAUGGCUAUUAUUCCGACGCUUCUGAUCCUGUGGCCAGCGGUGCUGCCGGGUUCGGGUCUUCCAGGCAUCGAACACGCAGUCUCAGUCGCAGUCGUAGUCGCAGCCGGGGCGUCCGAUACAGUAGCGACUCAUCCGAUUCCGACGGAGGCAGCCACCGGAGGCGUCGAAGCCGCCAUGGCAAGCAUCGCAGCCGUUCCCGCGACCUCGCCGAAGCUGCUUUAGCCGCCACGGGAGUUGGGUAUGCAGCUCACAAGCUUUCACAGCGAAACGAACGUAAGAAGGCGGACAGGGACAGAGAUAGGCCGGAGUCCGAUGAGGAUGCACGCCGUGAGCCAUAUGACAGCUCGUACAAAAAUCCAUUACCCUAUCCGGCCACACCUGCAGCAGCGCCUCGGCCAAUUGAUGAUCACCAGUAUUAUCCAAACGGCAACUACUUCCCACCCCCUCCAGCGACAGGCCCACGCCCAGAACCGGCACCUUACAGCCCAGCUGACUAUCCACACCCUCCUGGCCCGGUGCCACCCCAGUCGUACGACUAUCCCUCUGGCCCUGGCCCAGACCCUUACGCUCCGCGGCCCCGCAGGGCAGACGAGAAUGUGAGUGCAUCGAACUAUCCCCAGCCCACUGUCCAAGACCGCGGAUUCGAUGGUGUAGAUGCGCAGUCAUCGCUGAGGACACCCCGUGCGAGGAGGCGCCGAUCACGCGCUGCCAGUCAGCCUCCGGGGCCAAAGUCAGUUGUAUUUGAUAUUCACUCCGAACAUGAAGGGCAGAAGGACCUAGGAUACGAGACGGAUGACAGUGAUUCCACUAUUGGGUCAGUACAUGGGAGCCGUCGCAACCGCCCUCAGCCUCGUCGACACUCUUCGUCGGAGCCGUACUCUUCAUACAAACGUAACGAUGCUCGCUCUGGGUCACAGGGCCAGCAGAAUAAUGCGACGGAAUCUGAUUCUGAUUCGACGGUUGAUCUGCCUGACCGGUUUGACUCGCAUGGCCGGCUUCUGCCACAGCCCGACGAUGAUCCGCUGGCAGGUCGGCUUGAGCAGCUCAUGAGGGGGUUCAACCGAGUCUUCGCGUAA